GGUAAUCAUUACUACUAACCAACGCCCGCCAAGACAACUACGAACCAUAACACACUACUUCGAAAACAGCGCAAGCAGAAACAAUACUCCAAACUCUGAAACAACCAAUCACCAUCUCCACCGCCACCAAUGUCCAUCGCCACUUGCCUUUUCACUCUUUCUCCAUCCCCAUCCUCAUCCCAAUCAUUCAAUCCUACCACCCCAAAGUUCUCCACCACUUUCCCUCUCCACCUCCACCUCCGCCUGUCCUCCUACACUUCCACCACCCGUCUCCGCCACCGUCAACGCCAAAUUUCCCCGUUCUUAAUCUUCUCCACCCUUCUCGGCAGUGAUGGUGGCGACAUUAACAGCAACAACAACUCAGGUGGUGGCGGUGGAAACAAUGACAAUGGAAAAGGCAAGGGUGGUGAUGAUAAUGCGGGUGAUAAGAACAGGAAAGAGGCGAUGAUUGUACUGACGGAGGCGAGGAGAUCAAUGGAGAGUUUGCCGAAGGACUUGGUGGCGGCGAUCCAAGCUGGGAGGAUUCCUGGGUCGGUUAUAGAGAGGUUCUUGGGGCUUGAAAAGUCGGGGCUUAUGCGGUGGUUGAUGCAGUUUGGUGGGUUUAAAGAAAGGCUUUUGGCUGAUGAUCUUUUCUUAGCUAAAGUUGGCAUCGAGUGUGGUGUUGGGAUCUUCACCAAGACUGCUGCAGAAUAUGAACGUCGCAGAGAAAACUUUUUCAACGAGCUCGAAGUUGUUUUUGCAGAUGUGGUAAUGGCCAUAAUUGCAGAUUUCAUGCUUGUUUAUCUUCCUGCUCCUACCAUCUCUCUGCGGCCUCCUCUUGCAAUCGGCGCUGGAGCUAUUUCCAAGUUCUUCUAUAGCUGCCCUGAUAACGCUUUUCAGGUUGCCCUCCCUGGGACUUCAUAUUCAUUUUUGCAGAGAUUAGGUGCUGUAAUGCGUAAUGGGGCAAAGCUUUUUGCAGUAGGCACCACUUCUUCGCUGGUUGGCACAGCUGUCACAAAUGCCUUAAUUAAUGCAAGAAAGGCUGUUGAAAAGUCUUCAGCAGCUGAAGUUGAAAAUGUUCCCAUACUAGCCACCAGUGUUGGUUAUGGUGUAUAUAUGGCAGUCUCUAGCAACCUCAGGUACCAAAUGCUGGCUGGUGUAAUCGAACAGCGGAUUUUGGAGCCUUUGCUACACCAGCACAAGCUUAUGUUGAGUGCAAUAUGCUUUGCUGUUCGAACAGGCAACACGUACUUGGGUUCGCUAUUGUGGGUGGAUUACGCUCGCUUGGUGGGUAUUCAGAAGGCUCACGAGGAGAACGCUGCAUUGGAGUGAUUUAUGUUGGUUAAAUAUCCCAAGGUUGGAAGGAGGUCUGCUGGUAUCAUAGUUCAGGGAAGGGAAGCUUGGCUCCCACGGUAGGUUUCCUUGAAUACAGGUACAUGUCUUUAUUUGAGAAAGUCGAGAAAGUCUAGGGACUUAUUUAGUAUUUUAGCCAUUUAUUUUCCUUCUAACCUUUCACGAGGUCAAUGUUCAAGCUCCUCGCUUGAUAGCGUGGGCACCUCCAAAUAAAAAUGCUAAACUUCACACUCACUUUAACCACUGUCCUUAUCAUGAGUUGAACGAACAAAACCGCUCCCUAUCUUUACAAUUUCAUAAUAAUAAAAACGA